UUGCUUAACCAAGGCAAAAACAUAGUUAAGGAACCAAAGAAGUCAAAGCAUAGUCCAAUUCCAGGAACAGUAAAAGAUAAAGGUUGAGAGACUAUCAUCAUCUUCUUCUGUCUAUAUACAAACUAUUCGAUGAAAUGAGUUUGAAGAUUUGCCUCUGCGAAUGGACGUUUCUUGGUUAUUGUUGCUUUAAUCGUCCCUUGUGGAACAGGAGAGCUGCCCCAAAGAGAAUUAUCAGAGACUUACAAAUCCUCCUUCCUGUACAUCCAGUGCGUAUUUUGUCACAAAUAUGGGCAGCCUGCAUGCCAGCCUCAUUGGCAUCUCUUCUGACAUGUUCAGUUCUGGAUUCCUGGAAAGCUUUCAGCCUGGCUUUCGCUUCCUCCAAAAGAUUUCCAACAAAUGAUGACCCUUGUGAAUUUAACUGCAGCAAAAGCUUCGAUCACUAGCGAUUCCAUCCACCAUUUCCAUUGCACCCAUUGCAGCACUGAUUACACCCACCAACACAGCCGGCCCAAUGGUUCAAUGAUAUUGAGAGCUCCAUCAAAAUUGACUUUUGACAAAUCUCAUAGGUGGCAGCUUCCAUUUUGGUUGUUCGCUGCUCCUGGGCCCGAUAAGCAAGGUAAUUCUUAGAAAAGUUACUGUGAUAUAUAUAUAUAUAUGAGGGCUUCUCUGCUCAUUUGUUCUUAAUCCCUGCAUUUCUACCAUCCCCAAUAGCCCAACUCACUGCUAGACCUGGCAUCCUGAAACCUCCUAAUUUGAUCCACUUUGUUAAUUAAUGAACCACCUGUGUAAGCCAAUUUCAAAACGCUGGAGUACCUAAUUCGUACUACUGGACCAAUCCCCAGUCAGAAAUUUCACAAUUUGAAAUGACAUAUUCUUAACCAAGUGAGUCUAUAUUCAAAACAAUAAAAGAUCGACCCAACCCCGCCGACGUGCAUGGGUUACCAUAUCUGCCUACUACCUUAUCUUCACUCCUGUCAUCUACUGUACCUGCAUCGUCUGCUUCCCUAUAACUCCCCUUACUUCUCAGCAUAGAAACUAAUUAACUCCCAUUACUUCAGCCCAAUUAUCGUUGCCAUCUACAAGCCAUGUCUUUUUAACAAGAUAGAGCUUAGCAUAACUUGAUGAAACUUUAUACUUUCUCUCGUAAUUUGGAAACGGAGAACUCAAAUUGAAAAUUAAGUCCAAACUAUCAAUCUCUCAUAUCGGGCAUGUAGGCUUAGACUAGCCAUCUCAUUAGCCUCAAAAAGUAGGGGCUGCACCAUGUGUUAAAUACAAUUAAUUCACCUUAAUCACUACUGCAAGUAGUGUAAAUUUAGUGCAGGCCUGCCGAGGGAGCAAAGAGAUCAACAAGGUAUAUGAAUGAGGUGCAUGUUGAAAGUUGAGAGGAAGAAAUCAAUGUGAGAGAAAGAACUCAAUGGCGGAGGCAAGCUGGAAUUUGAUCAAUCCGUUCAGUCUGCUGUUGGCUUCAUUAGGAUACUGUUAUUUCUUGCUCACUAGAAUCCCAUUAGGCAUACUGAGGUUCAUGUUUCUCCUACCCAUCUUCUACCUCUUCUCCAUUCUUCCCUGGUAUUUCCCAUCCGCCUUACUUAGAGGGAUUCUAUCUUUCUUUAUCACAUGGAUUGCUUCUUCCAAACUCCUCCUCUUUUGCUUCAACCAGGGCCCUCUCGUCCACUGCCAAAACUUUCCCGAUUUCAUUGCCAUCUCCAUUCUUCCCAUGAAAAUCAAAGAACAACCAACUUCUUCAAGAUCGGCCAUGGGGCGGUACGAGCCCGUCCAACUUUUCAACAAGCCUUACUUAGCAACAUCCUUACAAGACUUCUGGGGCAGGAGAUGGAACAGGUAUGCGUCGAAUAUUUUGAGGGAAACUGUCCACAAGCCGACCCGAAACAUGUUAACGAGUGUUGUUGGGGUUGGGCCGGCCAGGGUGCUGGCUUUGAUAUGCACCCUCGUCGUGUCUGGAGUCUUGCAUGAGAUGCUCUUUUACUACAUCACGUGUGGGAAGAAACCAACAUGGGAAGUCACCUGGUUCUUUGCUCUCCAAGGAUUGUCAAUGGCGUUUGAGGCUGCGUUGAAGAAGUGGGUUCGGACCAAGGGUUGGACAGUUCACUCUCUAGGUUCAGUCAUAUUGACGUGUGGGUUCGUCGUGGUCACGUUUUAUUGGUUGCUGGUUCUGCCGGUUUGGAGGGAUGGACGAAAUUCUUGUGAUUGUUAACAAAUUUAGUUUCUUUCCUUUCUUUAGAAUUUUGCAUGAGCUCAAGCAGUCAAACUACUUUAAUCUGAUU